GCUUCCAGCGGAAACCCCUUGAGUGCGUGGAGUCGUCGGGUUGUUUUCGCAACCGAAUGUGGUCAGUACGUUGAAAGUGUGAUUUAAACAUCUCUGCGGUCGUCAGAGUUGAGGACGGAGCGACUGGAUUACCGCGGCAGUAUUUUGAUAAAAGGAGAAUCGUUCUGUAUGCUGAUUUUGUAUUGGCGUUUUGUAAUGGGUUUGCUUUAGUCUUUUGUUUUUGUAUGUGUGAAGGACGCCAUUUUGGGUUGAUCACACUAGCUGCUAGCCACAUUGUGUUUCAGGCCCUGCUUCAAACGACGUCGGUUGGGUUUUGUUGAAUUUUGGACUGCACCGAACAAACAUUCCGGAGGGACUUUGACGCGGACACUGGGGCGACGUAUUUGACCGGACUCUACGGACACUGUUUGAACUCUGUAUUUCUAAAUCGGAGUUACGGACAGCUCACGGCUAACCGCCACACGGUUCUGGGACAUUGAGAAACAGCAGGAGCGUUUCUGGCUUCUGCCGGGAAAUCCCCGUGGACUUAGUCACUUGCGUCUUUGAUCACAGUCUCUUUGAACACUUUUCAAUCCGCAGUUAUUCACGUGAGGCUAAAUCCACACGACCUCCUUAGUGGUGGUGACUCUUAGUUUAAAAGAGUGUUGAGAUGAUGAGCAGACAUGGCUGUUGUUCUUAAACUGUUAAGCUGAUAAACUGACACUGAGUAAAGGGUGAUCGCUGGGAGAGCCCACGCGGUCGUGCGCACUGUAACGUUAGUUGAGUUUGGUUGUGUGUGGUGGUGGUGUUUGACCACGAGGAUUGUUUAAACAUGUCUUGUGUCCAUUACAAGUUCUCUUCUAAACUCAACUACGACACGGUCACCUUCGAUGGCCUUCACAUCACGCUCAGUGAUCUGAAGCGCCAGAUCAUGGGCCGAGAAAAGCUGAAGGCCGCGGAUUGCGACCUGCAGAUCACCAACGCUCAGACUAAAGAAGAAUACACUGAUGAUGGAGCCCUCAUCCCCAAAAACUCGUCUGUUAUCAUCAGACGAAUCCCUAUUGGAGGGCUGAAGUCGACAAGCAAAACAUAUGUCAUCAAUCGAUCUGAACCAAGUGGAUCUUCAAAAGCAGUAUGUAAAAACACCUAAUUUCCUUGUCUCAUUACACACAUUUUCAAACUCCUCAGCAGUUGCUUGGUCUUGAAAUCAUUUAGGGAACUUUCCUCAUGCUCCUCGAUGUUGUCUUUGAAACCUGUUUGGAGAUAACAAAGUUUGUCGAGCUGAAUGUUCAUAUUGUGUGAUUCGCUAAAGCUGUUGCAUUGAUUUUCAUGUUUUUAUACAAUUUCCAGUGUGUACAGAAGUCUGUGCGCAUGCUAAUACACUGUGUUUCACAUUGAAUAAGAUCUCUACAAAUAUGAAUUCUGUUGUACAGUGUAGUGUAAGAUCAUAUUGAUCUUUAUAAUUUUUUGAACAUGGCCAAUGUUCAGUUUGUUUGUCCUUAAAGUGACACAUCUGUAAAAAGCUGUCUGUUUUUUGUUUUUAAAUAAAAAAUACAUUGUGUUAUUUAUUAACUUCACCUUGUAUGAUACAGCUUCAA